UUUUUAGCGCUGUUUUACAUUUAUGGAUCGGGGCUUUGUAUUUAAGAUGGUUAACAAUUAUGUCAGCAUGUUCUCCUCUGGUGAUCUCAAGACCUUAUGCCAGUAUAAAUUUGAUUUUCUUCAAGAAGUAUGUCAGCAUGAACACUUUAUUCCUUUGUGUCUCCCCAUAAGAUCAGCAAACAUUCCAGAUCCUUUAACACCUUCAGAAUCAACUCAAGAGUUACAUGCAUCAGAUAUGCCUGAAUAUUCAGUCACAAAUGAAUUUUGCCGCAAACACUUCUUAAUUGGAAUUCUACUCCGAGAAGUUGGCUUUGCCCUGCAAGAAGACCAAGACAUCAGGCACUUAGCUUUAGCUGUCCUAAAAAAUUUAAUGGCUAAGCAUUCAUUUGAUGAUCGAUACAAACAACCAGAGAAGCAGGCCCAGAUAGCAAGUUUAUACAUGCCCCUCUAUGGCAUGCUUCUGGACAACAUGCCAAGGAUUUACCUAAAGGACCUGUAUCCUUUUACUGUCAACACAUCUAAUCAGGGGUCUAGAGACGACCUCAGCACCAAUGGAGGAUUUCACAUCCAGUCAGCUAUGAAACAUGCAAACUCUGUGGACACAUCAUUUUCUAAAGAUGUUUUAAACUCCAUAGCAGCAUUUUCAUCAAUAGCUAUUUCUACAGUAAACCAUGCUGACUCCAGAGCCUCCUUAGCAAGUCUUGACUCCAACCCAAGCACCAAUGAGAAGAGCAGUGAGAAGACUGACAACUGUGAAAAGGUCCCUAGACCCUUGUCUUUGAUAGGAUCAACCCUUCGAUUUGACAAGUUAGAUCAAGCAGAAACCAGGAGUCUUCUCAUGUGUUUUCUUCACAUUAUGAAGACCAUUUCGGAGGAGACACUGAUUGCCUACUGGCAAAGAGCACCCAGCCCAGAGAUAUCUGACUUCUUCAGCAUCUUGGAUGUUUGUCUUCAAAAUUUCAGAUACCUAGGGAAACGCAAUAUAAUAAGAAAAAUUGCUGCUGCAUUUAAAUUUGUGCAGUCCACCCAGAACAAUGGAACUCUCAAGGGAUCUAAUCCUUCCUGUCAAGCAUCAGGUCCCUUGUCACAAUGGAUGCAUACCCCGUCCACUCAUGAAGGACAUAAGCAGCACAGAUCACAAACCUUACCUAUAAUUCGAGGCAAAAAUGCACUUUCAAACCCCAAACUCUUACAGAUGUUAGACAACACCAUAUCCAGCAACUCCAAUGAAAUAGACAUUGUGCACCAUGUGGACACAGAGGCCAAUAUAGCUACAGAGGUUUGCCUGACUAUUCUGGACCUGCUAUCCCUCUUCACCCAGAUUCAUCAGAGACAGCUCCAACAAUCUGAAUGUCAAAAUUCAAUGAUGAAGAGGGUCUUUGACACCUACAUGCUCUUUUUCCAAGUCAACCAGUCAGCCACAGCACUGAAGCAUGUGUUUGCCUCCUUGAGAUUGUUUGUAUGCAAGUUUCCUUCAGCAUUCUUUCAGGGGCCAGCCGACCUGUGUGGAUCAUUCUGCUAUGAAGUCCUGAAAUGCUGUAACCACAGGUCACGGUCAACGCAGACUGAAGCAUCAGCACUUCUGUACUUUUUCAUGAGGAAGAAUUUUGAAUUUAACAAGCAGAAGUCAAUUGUCCGGUCUCACUUACAACUCAUCAAGGCCGUAAGCCAGUUAAUAGCUGACGCUGGGAUUGGAGGCUCUCGAUUUCAACAUUCCCUUGCAAUUACCAAUAAUUUUGCCAAUGGAGACAAACAGAUGAAAAACAGCAACUUCCCAGCAGAGGUGAAAGAUCUGACGAAACGUAUAAGGACUGUUUUGAUGGCAACAGCUCAGAUGAAGGAGCAUGAGAAAGACCCCGAGAUGCUGGUGGAUCUCCAGUACAGUCUGGCAAACUCCUAUGCAAGCACCCCUGAGCUGCGGAGGACCUGGCUUGAAAGCAUGGCCAAGAUUCACGCAAGAAAUGGAGACUUAUCUGAGGCUGCAAUGUGCUACAUCCAUAUAGCUGCUCUCAUUGCAGAAUACCUGAAGAGAAAGGGUUACUGGAAAAUGGAAAAGAUUUGCACACCACCCCUGCUCCCGGAGGAUAUCCACCCCUGUGAUAGCUACCCAUUACUAACAGCUCCUGGUGGAGGAAGCAUGUUCUCUAUGGGCUGGCCAGCUUUUCUGAGCAUUACACCAAAUAUUAAAGAAGAAGGAGCAAUGAAAGAAGAUUCAGGAAUGCAAGACACACCGUACAAUGAGAAUAUCCUGGUGGAACAGCUCUACUUGUGUGUGGAGUUUCUUUGGAAGUCUGAGCGAUAUGAACUCAUCGCUGACGUCAACAAACCCAUCAUCGCUGUCUUUGAAAAGCAGAGAGAUUUCAAAAAAUUAUCAGAUCUCUACUACGACAUUCAUCGGUCAUACCUGAAAGUUGCAGAGGUGGUCAACUCUGAAAAACGGCUAUUUGGUCGCUACUAUCGUGUAGCAUUUUAUGGGCAGGGCUUUUUUGAAGAGGAGGAAGGUAAAGAGUAUAUUUAUAAAGAGCCUAAACUGACAGGCCUCUCUGAGAUUUCCCAAAGACUGCUCAAGCUCUACGCAGAUAAAUUCGGAGCAGACAAUGUGAAGAUAAUCCAGGAUUCCAACAAGGUAAACCCCAAGGAUUUGGACCCCAAAUAUGCCUACAUCCAGGUGACCUAUGUCACGCCGUUCUUUGAAGAAAAGGAAAUAGAGGACCGGAAGACGGACUUCGAGAUGCACCACAACAUCAACCGCUUCGUCUUCGAGACGCCGUUCACGCUGUCGGGCAAGAAGCACGGCGGCGUGGAGGAGCAGUGCAAGCGGCGCACGGUCCUCACCACAAGUCACUUGUUCCCAUAUGUGAAGAAGAGAAUACAAGUCAUAAGCCAGUCGAGCACAGAACUGAAUCCUAUCGAAGUGGCGAUUGAUGAGAUGUCCAAGAAGGUUUCUGAGCUUAACCAGCUUUGCACGAUGGACGAUGUAGACAUGAUCCGACUGCAGCUCAAAGUCCAAGGAAGCGUCAGCGUGAAGGUUAAUGCUGGGCCUAUGGCCUAUGCACGAGCUUUCCUUGAAGAAACCAAUGCAAAGAGAUACCCUGAUAACCAAGUAAAACUUUUGAAGGAAAUCUUCAGGCAAUUUGCAGAUGCAUGUGGGCAAGCCCUUGAUGUGAACGAGCGGCUCAUCAAGGAGGACCAGCUGGAGUACCAGGAAGAACUGAGGUCCCAUUAUAAGGACAUGCUUAGUGAACUCUCCGCAAUCAUGAACGAGCAGAUUACAUACAGGGACGACCCGUCAAAGCGCGGAGCGGAGCGAACCUGCCCUCUGGUAAUUAGCAGGGCGGCCCCGGCUGUGCCCACCGUCUCCAUCUCAGCCAGUGAGGAAGCUUGAGUGGAGGUCUGCUGCAUCAGACACACCUCUAAGGGAACCCUCUGAAUUUGCAGCUCAUCUCGGGGAAGAGAGAGAUUUAAUUUAUUUGAAGUUUUUAUAGUGUUAAUAAUUUUUUUUUUUUUUUACCUCGCUAGCUUGAAAAUUUUGCCCGCCUCCAGUUUUGCACAUUUCUUAUGAUUUGUUUGUUUUUUUUUCCUUGAGCAACGUUGAUUAAGUCAAGCUGAACAUUUGCCGUGAAAUUGCAAUGAAUGUGUAGCUCAAAAGCAAACCCUAAGUUUGCUGUCAGUUAUAAUGUGUUCAAUACCAAGCCCUAGUACAUAUAUUUUAAAGGUCAAAGUGAAUGUUUUUGUAACAUUUAAGCACAUUUCAAAUGUAAAUAGAAGAUUGUAAGAUAUAUGGUUUUUACCAAAUUUAAAAGAACCUUUUUAGUUAAUACUUAUGACAGUGCUAAAAUUGUAUGAAUAACAUUUCAGAUACCAUUAUAUUAAAAUAUUUGUGUAUGUGUACAAAAGUGUUGAUAAAUACUAACCUUUAAAGUUUGUGGAGUUCCUUUAUUUGUAAUAUAUGUGCUCUUAAAAGCAAUGGGAUGUGAAAUUAUGUAAGUAUUUUGUUGUUAAUAGAAAUAAAAAAUACAGUUACUUUGCA